ACUUCAUCACUAGUAAAGCACUUUUCCUCCCUACACUUUCCCUGGAAAAUUUCCUUUUAUUUUUCUUUCUUUCCUUUUCUAGUUCUCCAUUCUCACCUCUCACCUCCCUCAUUACUUCUGUUUACACAGAACCAAGACCCCAUUUUCUUAAAUCUGGGUUGGGUUUUCCUUUUCCUUUUAUUGCUCACGUUUUGAUUUUGGUUGCGAGUUUGGCGACUAUGUGGAAGCAGCUUUGUUGCUGUUGUUGUCUAUUAUUUUGUCAACUAUUGCUUGCAGCUCUUGUUUGCUCUAAGGACCAUGGAAACCCUGCAAACGAUCUUGUCAACAUGAUCAACAAUAAUCGAACGGCCCAUAAGCUUACCAAACUAAAUGACAGUCCUGGACUCGGGUGCAUGGCCUUGCAAUUUGUUGAAUUCUGCAAGGGUAACUGCACUAGUGACAACACUGUUAAUUGCAAACCUUCAGAGGAUGACUUCACUGAAAUUUUCGCACCAAACUGUGGCGUAGAGCUUCCCACUUUUGGCACCAUUACCGGUCGCAUUGUUGGUUGUCGAUCAAAGUAUCUCGAGCCAUCGCUAGCCUUCUCAAAUGUUCUUGUCCCAGACAAGAGAACCUUAUCUGUUCUUAGUAAUAAGUCGCACUCUGAGGUGGGAGUGGGCAUGGUUGGAGUCCAUAAAGGGCCUUUCUUUUGGUGUGUUCUGUUCAGCAGCGGACGGACAAACUCCACAUUUGUUCUUGAGAAUCAUGGUCUCGGAAUUAAGCAGAAGAAAGGGUGCUACAGUGGAAGCAGUAUUCCUUGCAGUGUAGGACACAAGUCUGCUGUGUCUCCAAGCAAUUUUUUGUUGUUGAGCUUUCUUGUUUAUCAGUUGCAACAGGUAUAUCCCAAUUUAUUCUUCUUCCCCAUGUAAGAAUUACACGCGCGAAUGCUUGAAAUUUUUUAUGCAUGUUCUCUUAGUUUUUUUUUCCUUGGAAAUUUUGUUACCUCAUUGGUGUUGUGAUAGUUAUUGUAUUUUUCGAGUGUGUUUGGUAAGUCGGCAACAACAAGGAGCAUAAGAACUCUUGGAUGAUAACAAGUAAGAACUGCGAAAUUGCUUCAGUUGUUUGU